AUGAUGAGCGUCAAUUGUAUCUGGCUGCUGAGCCUCAUUGCCACUUUCACCAUUGCUACCUCCAACAACUUGCCUCUGAAGCUUUCAGUCAAGAUUCCGCUCGACUCUCAAUCAGCAAACGUGCAUAUCACCAGCGUAGACAGUUCUGCCUACCCUUUCACAGUCUCAUACGGCGGGUGCCACUCUGCAACCAGCCAGCAUGAAGCGCAUCACACCAUCUCCACAGUAAUCGAACAAGGCUCCGACCGUCUGGUCUGGAUCCUUCCCGAAGAUAUCCCCACAAACGGCUGCCUUUCCGCUUGGUCCGCACGGCACGAGCUCGUUGGGCGCAGUGAGCCGUUGGAGGUCAACAAGUUUAGCAGACCCUGGAUUAAGAAGCGAGAGUUGGAUCGAGGGACGAGGUUAAGUAAGAGGGCGAGCAUCCCUAUGACCAAUGCAAGUGGCAUCGAUGCGCAGGGUCCUUGGUUCGAUGGGGUCGAGUUGCUAAAGCAGAAGGAGAUUGGAACUGUCAGUGUCAAUGAGGCCAAGGCAAAGAAAAUUGCCAUUGUGGGAGCUGGCAUGGCUGGCUUGAUGACAUUUUUGUGUCUGAACAUGAGUGGCUUCCACAAUUUGGAGAUAAUAGAGGCCGGCCAGAGACUUGGAGGUCGCGUCCACACAGCAUAUCUGGAAGGCGGUCCAUUUGAUUACCAAUACCAGGAGAUGGGACCUAUGCGCUUCCCGGAGAGUAUCCAAUAUGCGGGAACAAACGAGACGCUGCAAGUCAAUGACAUGAAGCUCACCUUCCAGCUUGCCGAGUUUAUGAACACGCUGAACAAAGGCCAUGCAAACUUCACCGUAAAUUUCAUUCCCUGGAUCCAGAAUAACCCGAACGGAUUACAAUAUUUCCACGGGAUCAAGAAGCCGAAUGGCCUACCGCCAACCAUCACUGAGGCGAAGAACAACAAGAAUUUGACUGCGCAAAUCCCCAUCGAUCCACUUGUCACCAAAUUGACAAACACCUACAACGAUAUAGUCUGCGAUCCGACUCUCAUGGCGGCUGCAGCAAAAAAUCAAUUCACAGCCCACAAGGCAUUUCUUGACACUGGCUUGGAUGGUCUUGGAGGUGACGACUGGUCGGAGUUUGCUUACUUCCACAAUGUCCUCAAGUACUCGCUCAAUGUUACCGAUCAGGUAAUCUCAACAUCAGCGGCAGGAGAAGGCGGAGAUUCUUUUUGGGAAGAUAUCUACGACUGCGAAUACUUUUCAGCUACAAAGUGGAGGACCAUUGACGGGGGGCUUAAUCGACUGCCAUACUCGUUCUAUCCGCAUGUUGGUGCUAUCACGACCAUGAAUCGUAUGAUCGAGAGAGCGGAGUUUUUGCCCGAGACCAACCAGGUCCAGUUGUCAUGGAAGAAUAGCUUCACCGACGUUGCAUUCCAGAAUGCGACCUAUGACUAUGCGAUGAUUGCUGUGCCGUUCUCCAAGGUCCGAAUAUUUGAUCCAACUCUCACGGAUGCAAUUAGUGCUGUGCCGUAUACCACUGUCUGCAAGGUCGCGCUCCAAUUUCAGACACGUUUCUGGGAACACUUUGAGCUGCCAAUCUUUGGCAGUUGUUCCACUACGACAGAUAUUCCAGGUAUUGGCGAAGUUUGCUACCCCAGCUAUAAUCUCAAUGCCACGGGCCCAGGCGUUAUGUUGGCGAGCUAUACAGAUGCGGACUUCGGUCUUCGGUUUGCUUCAUUGACGGAAGAAGAGCAUGUCCAGUACGUCUUGAACGCGAUGAUUGAGAUACAUGGAGACGUGGCGCGGAUUCAGUACACCGGCAAAUAUAACAGGAAAUGCUGGGUGCUCGAUCCGUUGGAGAGCGCCAGCUGGGCGUCGCCAUCCAUUGGCAUGCACGAGCUGUAUAUUCCCGCUUACUUCAAGACCGAGAACAAUAUGAUUUUUGUUGGGGAACACACAAGCUAUACGCACGCGUGGAUUGCCUCCGCCUUGGAGUCUGGCAUUCGGGGAAGCGUGCAGCUCAUGCUUGAGCUAGGCCUGGUAGAUGAAGCCAAGGAGAUAACGAAGACGUUCAUGGCCCGCUGGAUAAGCAUCUGA